AUGGUUGGCAUACUCGAUGAAGCAGACAUUUAUAAAUGUAGAAAGGUGAUACCGAGUGAUCAAAGUUUUGUAACAGGCUUUUCAUUGUUACUCUUAUCGAAUAGUAAUACAAUUAGUCAUGCAAACUCUAAAAUAAGAACUUAUAGUUCAAGACCAAUUGCAUUAUUAUUGAGUAAUCAACAAAUAUUUUUAGUUUCAAGAGUUCAAUCGGAUUCUUCCACCACCUCUUCAACAAAAGAUAACAACAAAAAACAAACUUCUUCUUCUUCUUCUUCUUCUUCUUCUAAACAACAGGAAGAUGAAAUUGAAUUAAUUGGUAGUUGUAAUUUGAGUGAAAUAAGUAAAAUUCAAACUGGAUAUCUUCAUUCAUCGGGAUCACACAAGAAAAAGAAACAAAUACCAACUCUGACCAACCCACUUUCAUCAUCACCAACCUCUGCAUCACUUUCUUCAACGGAUUUUACAACAUCACAAGACGAUAUACUUUUAAGCGACAAUCGAACUUCACCCGGUCAAUACUCUCUCAAGAUUAGCCGACACAGCCAACCAUCAUGGACCAUGAUGACUUUUUCACCGUCGGACACGCCACAGAUCCAAAAGGAAAGAGUAUCGACCAUUGCAAGUUCAAUCAAAUCAUUGGUUCGUGAAUCCAUCAUUCAAUCUCAACUUCAAAGUCAACUUUCUUCAGAAGAAAAGUUGUUUAUUCCUUUAGUUUAUUAUCAACCAAAUGAUAAAUAUUUUGUUGAAGGAGAAUUACAUUUAAAUCUUCAAAAAAUAUCAUUUAUUCAAAAAUAUGUUAGAGAUGGUAAUUUAAAACAUUUAUCAAAGGUACAUGAUAAUUUUAGUUUUUCUGUAGAUACCAUUUCAAUUUAUGAAUGUAAACAAAUACCAAACUCUAAAGCUUUUAAAAAAUUUAGUCAAGUUAAUAUAUUAUCUCAAGGUAAAGAGCCUUCAGAAUUAAUAUCUUUUUAUUUUCCAAUGGAUGAAGUACCACAAAUAACAAAUAGUAUAAUUAGAUUAAUAACAGAAAGUCAAGAUAUUGCAGAUCAAGUUUAUAAAGAAUCAUCAAACAAAAAUAAUGAUUCAACAUCAACGACAACAACUACAACGACACCAAAUAGAGGAACGGGACAAAAAUCAUUGACCGAUAGUGAUUUCUAUUUGGUUGAUGAAGAGGAUGAAUUUGGUAGUGGUGAUAGUAGUAAUGGUAGUACAGGGAAUCUUGAAAGAAUAGUAGAAGAUGACUAUGGACUUACAAGUCAGGCAUUGACAACUACAUUGGAAAAUAAUACACCAACACACAAACCAACCAAAAACAAUUUCAAAACCUCUUCCGAUAUUUUAUCUUCAGACGAUAUUCUAUGGUUACAAAGCUUUUUACCGCUUCGACACAAUGAUGAUGUGUUUGAAAUGAUCUACUCGACCAACAAACACGGUAUAAGCAUCAAAACAUUUUUUUCACGACUUUAUAAUCGUUCACCAUGCAUCAUGGCCAUCAAAGACGACCGUGGCCAAGUAUUUGGAGCCUAUACAGCCGAUCCUUGGAACACUGAAAAGAAGAUUCACUAUGGAAGUGGAGAAACUUUCCUAUUCAAAAUCAACGACCACGCAAAUAGAAACAAGUUUUCAUGGACUCGAAAGAAUGAUGAUUUUAUGUUGUCAACCAAAGAGGCAUUUGUAUCAAUGGGUAGUGGUGGUAAAGGUGUUGGAUUGUGGAUUGAUGAAGACCUAUUCUAUGGAAGUAGUAAUCGUUGUGCUACAUUUGACAAUGAACCUUUGGCAUCGACCACCGACUUUAAAAUUAUGGAACUCGAGGUUUGGUCUCCUCUCAAAUCAAAAAAUGCCACCUCUGCUCCCAAAAUGCAAAAUGCUACUGAUCUCUUUGGUACUAGAUUUACUUAUAAACCCCCUCCAAAAACUAUUGGUUCUUAUUAUUAA